AUGAAGACCACUAUCACCACCGCCCUUGUGAUGGCCGCUGUAGGAGCCAUGGCGGCUCCUGCAGCUUGGACCUUGGUGCCCACUGACACUGCCGCGUUGGAGGAGGCUGCUGCUACCACUUCAACGCCAGCGCCAACCACCACCGUCGCGGCCGCGCCGGCCACCACCACAGAGGAAGGCGGUGCAAUGGUCACUCCCGCUAGUGAGUCUCUUCCCUGCGAAGAGCCCGACCCAUGCGAUACCUUUACUUCUCCCUGCGAAACCACCGAUCCCUGCGACGAGUGGAGUACCAGAGGAACACCUACUGGUUUCUAUGCCGAGCCCACUGCGGCCGAGGCCACCGUCACCGACCCUGCUUGGGCUACGCCCACUUCCUUCAGCACGUCGGCUGAUGCAAGCUCAACAGCAACUGAAAGCCCUGAACCUUGCGGCGACGAAGAGGGCACUUGGACUACAAGUUCCUCUUCGACUUCCGCUGCCGCCACCACCACGGACCCAUGUGAUGAGGAGUGGAGCUCCAGUGCUACCUGGAGCGCUUCCGCCACCGCCACAACCUCCUCUUGGGCCUCCGAGGAUUGCGAUGACGAGCCUACUGCCACUUCUACUGCUUCUGAUACUGCCACCUGGAGCAGCGAAGAGUGCGAUGAGCCGACCCCGACGGUCACCUACUACACCACUUCUGACGCGGCCUCUGCUACUGCUACUGCCGACUGGAGCAGCGAGGAGUGCGACGAGCCCUCCGCUAGCGUUACCAGCUACGAGGCCUCCAGCACAGAGGCUGCCGACACCACCAGCACCACCUUCGAGCCUCCUGCGCCCACUGAUGCUGGCCACCACCCUGGUGGAUGGGCUCCCGCCGGUAGCGCCCCCGCCGGAGGCGCUCCUGCCGGCAAUUGGACCGCUACUUCUGCCUCAAGCGGCACUGCUACCUCGUCUGCUUCCGCCAGCAGCUCUUCCACUGCCGCUCCUCUGACAUUCGAGGGCGGUGCCUCGUCUGCCAAUGCUCUCGGCUUCAAGGCCGUUGCCGCUCUCGUCGCUCUCAUUGCCAGCGGUGCCUAUCUCCUGUAG